GUCUGCCCCCAUAUGAAUGGUGGUUAAACCCUCCUGAUGAAGUUAUUUUCAAACUAUAUAUUUUUAAUGUCACCAAUUCUGAAGAAUUUAUGAAUGGUACUGACAGUAAAAUUAAAGUCAAGGAAAUAGGACCCAUCACGUACAGAGAAAAACUGAUUCACACAUUUCCUGUUUUCAACGAUAAUGGUACCUUUACCUAUACGGCUAACCGAACUCCUAUAUACUUACCAGAGAUGAAUCCUAUUGACUUUCGGAACGAAACAAUAAUUAUGCCAAAUAUGGCCGUUUUGUUCAUUCCGUCAUAUUUUUAUGACGCUCCUUUCCUAGUGAAAUUUGGCAUCAACUUGAUGAUGAGAAAGUUGCAGUCUAAUCCAUUUGUGAAAACCACAGUACAAGAUUUUUUGUGGAACUCCAGUGACCCAAUUUUGGACUUAUCCCAAAAUUUAGCACCACGGCUAGUCCCUACCAAAAAUGUUGGAAUAUUAGCCAGGAUCUAUGCCGACUACACAGAUAAUGUUACUGUCAACAUAGGCCCAACGUUCGAAGAGAGAAAUUUUUUUCUAAUAGACAACUACGACGGUUCAAAAUUUUUGCCAUUCAGAGCCGGAAAAUGUGAAGACAGAGUUCAAGGAUCUUCCGAGGGUGUAAGUUAUCCUCAGAAUUUGAGGAAAAACGAUACAAUCAGAUACUUUAGGAAAACUCUUUGUAAAGUGGCCGAAUUGAAUUUUCGAGAGGAAGUAAACAAAUAUGGAGUCACAGCUUAUAAGUACGUAAUGGAUCCAUUGUCAUACAGUAGAACUUCACCAAAAUAUAAGGAUUGCUACAAGGGUCAACCUACAUUACCCAAUGGUUUGAUAGAUGUGUCACCGUGUUAUUAUGAUACUGCAAUCGGAGCUAGUUUUCCUCACUUUCUGUACGGGGAUGAAGAACUAUCACAUCACGUAGACGGAUUGGAACCGGAUAAAGAAAAGCAUGAGUCAUAUGUUAUAAUAGAACCA